AUGUCACAUAUUGUCGUCAGCACAGUCGCCAGGCACAGGGCGGCUUACCGGUCUGCAGUGUAUUGUGAUCCGCCGCAGCUGGAUGUUAUCCAGGUGCGAUCGGUAGUGAACCCAAGAUUGCAAAAACUAUAUCUGGCAAAACUCGAGAAUAUCGAAGACAAGAGGCGACAAGGCACGUGCACUCCGAUUGCGGCUCUCUCGCAUUUGAAGGUGCCAGUGAACAUGCACGACUUCGACGUGAACGAGCACUUCUUAUUCCACGGGGCUGUGCCGUCCACAUUAGAACAAAUAUGCAAGGGUGGUUUUAACCCGCAGCGGGGUGGCGAGGCUACUGGCAAGCUCUUCGGUGUGGCAGCAUAUUUCGCUGCCAAUUCUUCUAAAAGUGAUGAUUACACAGAGGAGCGCGCAAAUCCUUUGGCUAAGCAUGCCACGAGGACGUUAGUUGUUGCCCGCGUUGCCCUCGGCGAGUCGUUUCGAACUGCCAGCCCCAUGCAGGGCGCCACGAGACCUCCAGACAGCAACGACGGCGUGGACUUUGAUUCUGUGUGGGCGGAUCAGUCGAGUAAUGGGGGCUGCGUGGACCACGUCGAGGCCAUGAUAUAUUCGGAGGCGCAGGCGCUCCCGGUGGCUCUCGUGGAUUAUCGUCACACCGUCGGUUGUACGUGCGCAUUCUGCAGGAGGCGGCCCUGA